CCGAAGCGAGUGCCCUGCCCGGCCCUUUGAACGAGCCAGGCAGCAAGCAAACUGGGCAAGGAGGACCUAGCAUACGACAAAUUCCCGACGAUCGCGCCACUCAUGCGGACGUCGGCCGACGGAUGGGCCGACUGGGGGUGCUGCCCCUGGCUCUUCGGCGCGUCCAGCCGCUCUCCGGCCCUUCGUUUUGCGCCGGACGCGAGCCCGAAGGAUGCGGAGGUUCAUGAAGUCGCGGCUACGCCGGAGAGCCUUCCGGAGUUCUUCAUGGACAUUGCGGACGACCACCCGGAUCAGGAAGCUGCAAGCCGCGACCUGGUGCACGCCAACUUUUGCGCCUUUCAGGAAGAGAACCUUCUCUUCGCGCCCCCGGCGCCGCUGCCCCUGCCGGUGCUGGUGGUCACCGGCUUCUUGGGCAGCGGCAAGACCACGCUGCUGAAGCAGCUGAUGCAGCGGCGGGGUAACCUUCGUGUGGCUUGUGUGGCCCAUGACCUCGCUGGUGCCAACGUGGACGGCGCUUUCCUUGCCAGCGAGCGAGGCUUGGGCAAGGGCGAGUACCUGUUCCAACAGGCGAUGGCGGCGUGCCGGGAUGGCGACAUUGCGGCUCUGUCCGGCUGCGCUUGUUGCCCUGGCUUCGACGAUGCGCUGGCCGCCGCGGUGAGAAGUGCGUUGACACAAGGUGCUGAUACCGGACUGUUGGAUUACCUGGUGCUGGAGACCAGUGGCGCUGCGGACCCCCGGCGCAUGGUUGCCGCCCUGGAGGUCCGCUUCGGGCCGUUGGCCCGCGUGCGCUUGGACCGCGUGGCGACGCUGGUCGACGCGGAGCGCUUCAUAGCUGAUGCCAGCGCUUGGGAGGACGCUUCCCAGGCGACUGGAGAGGAGCUGCUGCAGCUGGCGCAGCUCUCGGUGGCGGACCUGGUGCUGCUGAACAAGGUCGACUUGAUCAGCGAGGAGGCCCUGGGCCGAGCCGAAGAUUUGCUGAGGCGCCUGUGCCCUCAUGCGAAGGUGAUAUCCUGCUGCCGGGGGGAUGUGCCGGUUCCAGAACUCUUGGACGUGGAGGCAGCUGUAUCUGUGGCAGCGGCUGUAUCCCACGAGGACACGCCUGCUUGCUGGCAGGUUUCGAGCAGCAGCCUGGAACCUGCACGCCACCACGAGUCCGGGCUAAGCCCCGGCCUGGGCGACGGGAAGGUCCACCAUCGAGUGGUGGAGUGGUCGAGUCGUGACAACGGCAGCUUGGUGCAGCUGUCGAAGCUGCAGAGCCUGCUUUCGGAGCAGCUGCCGCGCAUGCGGCGCUGGCUCCGGCGUGGCAAGGGCGUCCUAAGACUGGCCGAGGACCCUUCGGCCCGCUGGGAGUGGGAGCUGAGCGGCCAGCUGCGCUUCAACCUCCGCAGGUUCGAGGGAGGAGCUCCCAGCAGCCUGGUGCUGAUCUUCUCAGACAGCGUGCCCGACGCCGUGCAGCGCGAGGCGGAGGCGGCGCUGCACGCCCUCGCGGACUGCGACGGAUCGCUCGGGGAGCUUGAGGCUGAGGCCUCGGAGCUGGCGAAGCUGGGCUUCGAGGUCUUGGAGGACCCCAAGAACGCCCAGCCCUGCCUGCGCUUCCGGCUCACAGGCCGCGACCGUUUCAAGCUGCCUGCUGAUCUGGACCUGUCCGAGCCGCCUUACCGCAUCGACCUGGACGCCAUGAACGCGGAGCUGGCGCUGCUGGUGAGCUCCGAGAAGGGCCCCAACUUCCUGGGCGCAGGAGCCGCCAUUUGUCCCGCCACGAAGAGGAGGGUUCUGGCGCUGCUGUGGCCGCUGGGAAUGAAAGCAGAUGGCGAUCGGCCUUCAGCCUUCAGCGCUGUCUUGGCCGCGCUGCGGAGGGAGGCGGAGGGUCUGCUCACGCGGCGCUUCGGCCACGUGACGACCUGCAUGUGCGGCCAGGAAGGAUAUGUGACCUAUGAGUUCGUGGAGAGAGUGAGUCGCCCGAUCCUGAGGUGGAACAAGGAGCGGAUUCGGGUCCUUGGAGUCGACAUCGAGCGCAAUGAGGGGCGGUGGCACUUCGCGAUGACCUUUCCCGUCCGGGUGAAGGGCGAGAAUGACAAAAAGUUCGAUGACGCGGUGUGGAACCCGGCGCACCUCUGGAAGUCCAUCUUCCCCAGCGAGAUGGAGGUGGACGCGGGCCUGGAGGAUGGCAUGUCCUGGGAGAGCUUCACGGCCAUGGUGCGGGAGAACGUGAAGAAUUACCUGGUGGAACUCGGCUGCGAGGUAGACCAAUUCUACAGCGUGGACAUGGAUGAAAUCUUCAUGGUCUUCUGCUUGCCCACAGGGACCGCAAUGACGGAACUGGCCAUGAAGGUGGACGCGCGGGUGCGCAUCUGCCCCACGGCCUAUGAAAAGACGAAGAAGUUUCAGUGCCCCACGGACAUCAAGCAAGGCCAGGAGUUUGUGGUCCGAGACGUUGGCAUCAACCUGAAAGGUGAGACAGUGAACAAUCAGUGCCCUGCCUUCGUUCGCUACACGCAUCACACUCAGGGCAAGGCGGAGGAGCUUACAGAGACGGAGAUCCUGCGGGUCUGCAAGCGGGGCUUCCGGACGUGCUUCAGCGACCAGCAUUUGCUGCAGGUGGGGGUGUGCCGGCUCUUCUUCGCAGUGCACAAGUGGGACCAGCUGAUGGAGCUGUACAAGCGGGGCUGGAACGACCCCACCAGGCUGAUUUACUGGCCCCACGAGGGUAUCACGGAUGAGGUGGCAGAGUACUUCGGCGCGCAUGCAGCCACCUUCUUCCACUUCUACAACAGCUUCACCCGCUGGAUGCUCUUCCCAGCUUUGGUCAGCGUCAUCAUCACGGCGGCCCGCCCGUUUGUGCCUACUGGUGUGGCCCACUGGGUGGACAGCGGCUUUGGCGUUGGCAUGUGCAUUUGGACCACCUUGUACCUCUCUCGCUACCGGCACCUCAUGAACGUGAAGCUCCUGCGCUGGGGGAUGGGCGGCUCUAUCGACAACUCGAUCCCAGUUAGACGGCAGUUCCAGGAUGAGUUGCGAGGCACCUGGUCCGAGGGCGGGCGUGCGCUGUUUCACUGGUUCCUUUGUGCCCUCUUCAUCGCGGAGACCUUUUGGAUGGUGAGCUUCGUCGCAAGCCUGCGGCUUAAGGCGCUGCACGCACCGGAAGGGACCAUGUUCUUCAGCAUCGACAACGAGACGAUGUCCUCCUGUCUCAAGUACGUGGUCACUGCAAACAUCAAGAUCGUGGAUGCCGUAUGGUCUCCGCUGUCCAUUUGGCUGAGCAAGUGUGAAAAUCACCGCACAGAGGUGGACAUGAAAUCCAGCAUGGUGCUGAAGCUCUUCGCGGUGAAGUUUGUGAUCUUCUACUACCCUUUCGCGCGGACCAUCAUUCUGCAGCCCAUGGUGGAGGGCUGCCCUGGGGGGGAGAUGCUGGGCUGCCUCAGGGAUCUGAGGUCGGAUUUGCAGGUCUUCUUCGUGACGCAAGUGAUCUCGGUGGCGGCCGGGCUCCUGCUCCAGCUCUUCUUCAUGUGGAAGACCGUCCACAACGAGCUCAAGCGAAAGAAAGACCAGAACAAGCUCCUGACCUACUUGGAAGUCCAGGGCAUGCUGGCGGAGUACGAUGAAGCUGCCGAGGUGGAAGACUUCAUGCAGGUGGCCCUGAACUUUGGUUUCCUGUCCAUGUUUGGGACAGUUUGCCCUAUGAUGUGCGUCCUGUGUUUCCUGCUGAACUUCCCUUUGAAGAGGCUGCUUGCGUACCGCUUCUCUUUCGCGCAGCAGCGUACCAUCCCUACAAUGUGCACUGGAGUUGGGUCUUGGGCAUCCAUCCUGAGCUUCCUUGCGUACAUCGGGGUCACGUGCACCUGCUACAUUGUCAUUUUUUGCCUCCACAACUUUGCGAGCGAAGGCAUUAAAUGGAAGCUGAUCUACUUCAUUGUGGGGGAGCGGUUGCUGCAGGUCCUGAAAUUGAUCCUAGACGCCUCGGUGGGGGAGAAGUGCGUGGCCCAGCAGCGCAUCGAGGAGUGCAACGACGACGCGGUGGAUCUGAUUCUGCACCCCCACCUCGCGCAGCGGAACAGACACCAGCUGGCUUCAGGGGGUACCACGCCCAUGAAGGAUCACGCCACGCAUACGUUCUAA